CCCCCCCCCCCCCCCCGCGUGCCCCUGCCGCAGCCGGUGACCAACCUGAGUGAACCAUGUCGGAGCUGCAGCCACGCGCUGGCAGACCACGUGUCCCACCUGGAGAACGUCUCAGAGGAGGAGAUCAACCGGCUCCUGGGCAUGGUGGUGGAUGUGGAAAACCUCUUCAUGUCAGUGCACAAGGAGGAGGACACGGACACCAAGCAGGUGUAUUUCUACCUGUUCAAGCUCCUGCGGAAGUGCAUCCUGCAGAUGAGCCAGCCUGUGGUCGAGGGGUCCCUGGGGAGCCCCCCCUUUGAGAAACCAAACAUUGAGCAGGGAGUCCUGAACUUCGUCCAGUACAAGUUCAGCCACUUGCCGCCCAAGGAGCGUCAGACUAUGUACGAGCUCUCCAAGAUGUUCCUGCUCUGCCUCAACUACUGGAAGCUGGAGACUCCAUCCCAGUUCCGGCAGCGCUCACAGAACGACGAUGUGGCCACCUACAAGGUCAACUACACAAGGUGGCUGUGCUACUGCCACGUGCCGCAGAGCUGCGACAGCCUUCCCCGCUACGAGACCACUCACGUCUUCGGGCGCAGCCUCCUGAAAUCCAUCUUCACGGUCACCCGUCGGCAGCUGCUGGAGAAGUUCCGGGUGGAGAAGGACAAGCUGGUGCCAGAGAAGCGGACGCUGAUCCUCACCCACUUCCCCAAGUUCCUGUCCAUGCUGGAGGAGGAGAUCUAUGGCGAGAACUCUCCCAUCUGGGAGGCUGAUUUCACCGUGCCGGCUGCGGAGGGGGCUCAGAUGGUGUCUCGCCCAGCCGCGGUCAGCACCGUCGCCGUGCCCACUGCUCCGCUCUUCAGCAAGAAGCUCAGCAACAGCAGCUCUGCCGCGAGCAUGGACGCCAGCACCCCGGAGCCCCUGCCAGGGGAGAAGCGGAAGCUGCCCGAGAGCCUGACGCUGGAAGAUGCCAAGCGGAUCCGUGUCAUGGGAGACAUCCCCAUGGAGCUGGUGAACGAGGUCAUGCUGACCAUCACGGACCCCGCUGCCAUGCUGGGCCCUGAG